GAUCUAGAAAACUGUCCCUCCAGUUACAGCUAUGUCUGACAAACACCAUUGUUCAUGUUGCUCCUAUCCAGUCUCCUCCAGUGUUCAUCAGACUUUGGAGGAAAUGGAUUUUGAAAGAGGUAUCUGGUCAGCUGCAAUGGAUGGAGACCUGCUGAGAGUGAGGCAGUUGCUUCAGAAGGGGACUGAUGCAAACAGCAGAGAUUCAGCUGGGUACACAGCUCUGCACUACGGGAGCCGUAACGGCCAUCUCUCUGUCUGCGCCUUUCUCCUGGAGAACGGAGCGUGUCCAUUGCCCCAGACGCCGGGCGGGGCCACGCCACUCCAUAGAGCAGCUUACUGCGGCCAUCUUGAUGUGGUUGGGCUCCUUCUGCGAUGCGGAGCCGACCCUUCACUCUGUGACGAUGAUGGUGCAAAUCCUUUACACAAGGCUGCAGGACAGGGUCACACAGAUGUAUGUCGGCUGCUAAUAGACUGCUGCCCAGCUCUGCGCAGCCAGAUGAACCAGAAGCUCCAGCUACCCUACCAGCUGGCUCAGCAGGGAGAUCUGCAGGAGCUCCUGAAACCACCUGAUCAGAACGGACAGAGACAAUAAAGUCAUACUUUGUCAGAGAAUAAAAAACAUACAGGAUGAAGACUUUGCACUGGAAAAACCAUCAAGAAAUGAGUAAAAAUGUCCUAAAUUAAGUGCAUUUACCCUUAUUUUGAGU